AUGGCUGAUUACAUAGAUGAAGCGGCAGAAAGAGUAUUAAGCGAACUUCAAAACGAGCCUUGGUAUCACGGUGCACUGCCACUAGAAGAUAUCGGAGCGCUCGUUGCUGAACCAGGAAGCUUCCUCAUACGAGAGCUCGAACCUGAAGAAGGGAGAAUCCCAAUGCCAUGUUUGACCGUUCGUUUCGAAGGGCAAUUGAAAGACUAUCCGAUUCAUGCCGUGCAGGCAGAAGAUUCACGACAAUUCACCAUUGAUGGCAAAAACACAUCAAAAACCGUCGUUGGCCUUGUACAGAAACACUAUGAAGAAAAAUUGCCGCUACCAGAUGAGGCACUACUAGUGAAACCUGUACCAAAACAACCUUGGGAGCUAACAAAGGACAAGAUUAAAUUAAUUACAAAACUUGGAGAAGGUGCAUUUGGAGAAGUGUGGCAAGGAACAUUGCGGCAAUCAGCAACACAAACAGUACAAGCUGCCAUCAAAGUCACAAAGCUGAAAGAAGAUAACAAGAAAUAUAUGCAGGAGCUAUUCAAGGAAGCCCGACUAAUGCGACAAUAUCAGCACAUAAAUGUAGUGGCGUUCUUUGGCAUGGUGAUGGAAAAUGAAAAUGUGAUGAUUGUGAUGGAAAUGGUGAACGGAGGCGGUCUUGACCACUAUUUGAAAAAGAAUGUUGUGAGUAUUGCGGAUAAGUGUUCCUACGCGUUUGAUGUCGCUCUUGGUCUUUACUACCUACACAGCAAAAGAUGCAUGCACCGGGAUUUGGCAUGUCGCAACUGUCUAAUCGACACCCAGAAAAACAUUGUUAAAAUAUCGGACUUUGGACUGUCCAAGCAAGCCGAUACCUACAAAAUUCAACCAACUGAAAAAAUUCCCACAAAAUGGCAAGCUCCCGAAGUGGUGGCGACGCAUGUUUAUACCCGCGAGUGUGACGUUUAUUCAUAUGGGAUACUCGUCUGGGAGAUAUUCAACAACGCUAAAAUGCCAUUCGAGGAGUACGACAACAAGACGGUUCGCCAACGGGUAAGAGCUCAAUAUUAA